GCACCCGAGGCUACUGCGGUAAGAUGCGGCGACGCACGAUGCUGAGCCGCGGUGGGUGAAGUGAUGCGCAAUGGCUGAACGAGAGGGGAGAGAGAUGAAAGGAGGAAAACAAAACGAUUCACCGUGGUGUUCAGCUCUCAUUAAGGUGAUGGGACGGAGACGAAUGCGCGUUUGACGGAUUUGUAGCGCUGUAGCUCCAGUGGUGCAGGCCGACUGGAGGGAUGUGGUGGCGCUGAUCCCGCUGAAGGAUGCUCCAGAGCCCGAGGAGAGAGAAAAAGGCUUCUCCCGUGAACAGCAGAGAGACACCCAGAGGAGGAUACCUUGUUUAGAGCCAGGACGGGGAGACUGAGAGGCAGCAGAUCAGGUCGGUCCGUGACAGCUGACUCAGUCCUCGCCGCUGACAGAGAGGGCGGUGAAGCUCCGAAGACGGCAUCACUGAGCUUCACACAAGAAGAAAGCAAACUUCUCAUUAUCCUCUCUAUCAUCAGCUCUGACAGCUGGACAUCUGACCUGGGCGUUUGUUUACCUCAUCAGACUUUUAAAGUUAAGAAGAGGAACAGAAGCACAAAUCAAGCUCACCAUCUGGAAAACAACACUUUAAUUUUGUUGAACACUGAGCUAUUGCUAGUAUGGACUAUAAAGAUAUGACAUUGAACUUCCUGGGAGUAUUUCAGCUUUUUUCAUAAUGCUUGCCGUAUUUUUUCCUAACUCUAAUCUUUUAACAUCGAAGCUGUUACGCUCAGACUCUUGAUAGUGCCAGUGUUCCCUCUCACCUGGCACGCUGCGUUUUAAUUAAGGAGAGCAGAACAAUAAAACAUAAAUGAGGCCAACAACAGCCACUAUGCUCCAGCAGAACAACAAUAAUAACUACCCCUGCCUGAACGUGUCAGGCUCCACCAGGGAGAUGCUCCAGAAGUGCUCCAGAGCUUCCCUGCCUUUCCCCGGCAGGAUGGAGCUGGGCCUGGGGGACCUGCCGCUCAUCCGGGGGUUACGAGCCUGGGCUCUGUGCUCCAAGAACCGAAGGAAGGCUGGGGGUCUCUUGGGAGGAGGUCAGGCUCCCAUGGCUCCUCCUGCAAGCCGACUGGGUUCGACUCCUUGCCCCCGGCCUGCUGAUGUAUACCUCAGCGGGGAGUGGGGUCGCCUGGGGUAUGGACUUCCCUUAGGGCUGGAUGGUGGAGCUUUGGUAACAGUUGCUACUUUGAAGACCUCAGAGGGCGGUGGGAAGACUCAGACUCAGUGCCUCUUCCUGCGGACUGAGAAAGGGAGCUGUUUGUACUCCACAGCUAAGCCCGGUUCUGGUUUGACUUCCAGUACAGCCUCCAGUGUUGGAGGAUGGCUGAGAGGGAAGGCAGGAGGAGGAAGCAGAGACAAUGGGCCAACACCACCAACGCAGACAGGAGCAAACCGGGUAAGAGUGCGAUCUGGCCGGAGAUGGAGGAAGUCGUGUAAUGCCGCAGGCCGGGAUAAAGCAGGCGCUAGCAGAGAGCUGCAGCAGAGCAACAGAGGGGAUCCUGCAGGAGAAAUUGUCCUGGAAGAAAAGCAGGAAGAGGGAGACAAAGGAGGCCUGGACUCUAAACAGGAAGACAGGAGCACAUGCAGGAGUUCAAGAUGCUGCCAUAAUGACUCUCCUAAAACCUGCAAUCAGUGUGGAAGGAGAGUACAGAGAAGGGAAAGCCAAGAGGGAAGUGAAAGUCCAAGAGGAGGCGUCCGAAACAACCUGAACAGUGAAGCGAAGGGGAUGAAGAAGGAGAGGCCAAAGCCUGAGGAGGAGGGAGGCGUCUGUGACUCUGUUUUGGCUGUACCAAACCCUGACCUACAAUCCAACCACUCUAAACCAGAGUCCCUCAGUGGUUGUGAUGUUGAAGAGAUCAGAGAAGCAGAGAGUAAUGAGAAAACCUCUCACAUCAAGGACAAGUGUUCAGAGAAAAGGGAGGAUACAGACUCUGAGGAAAUGAAAGUACAGGCUGGAAACAACGGCUUUAGUCGUGGCCGGCCUGGGAGGGUGACUGAUGACAUCUCAUCAAGAGAGAGGAGAGAUAUUGAUCAUGGAAAACCAGGUGAAAUCCCCUGUGAAGAAAUAGCCGCUGAUGUAAAUGGAUUUCUAGAUUGUGUGGAAACACAUCACAAAUCAGAGGCUGAAAUUGUGGGUGCUGGGAAGGAGGAGAUUAAUCCAGCUCUUGGUGAGUUCUCUAGCUGCCCUGAGGAUGUCUCUUCAUGCACUGAGCCCUCCGCUUCUGUAGAGGGCAGCACCUGCAACACUAGCCAAAAGAAUUUUGUUGUUUGGAGUAAGAAAGAGAGCAGCAAUGAAGCUCAAAUUGAAGAGGAUCAACAAGGGGUAGCAGACCCCGGGUUUGAAGGAAAAGAAGAGGUGAAUGUUCGCAGAAUUGAGCAAAAGGAAGCGAUAUGUGCAAACACUGUGAACGAGGACAGAAAACCUCAGUUUUCCUUUAAAAAUGUGGUAAGCAGCAGCAAAAAAGAGGAGAUAGAAUCUUUCUCUUCAAGCCUAAGUCACAAAAGGUCCUCCAUAUUUGAAACAGACAAGUGGAUUGCAGCUAAUAACAUUCAAAAUGAUAAUAAAAGUGAGCUUGAUGGAGAACGUCUUGGAGAUGAGAUGGUGUUGGAAGAAAAAGAGGAGAAGUCACAGGAAGAUGAGAGAGGAAAUCUUGAAGGAAAGGAAGUCUGGACAACGGAUGACGACAGCGUGUAUGGUUUCAGUGUUAAAGAGAGUAAGGGCAAAGACAAUGAGGAUAGUUUAAAAGGAAGUAGCAAAGAGGUGGAUUAUGAUGAGGAGGAAGUAAGAAACUGUGAGUCUAAACACAUCUUAAGGUUGCAGGUGUCUACCGAUGGAUGCAGGGAGAAUGAGACUGAGGCUGCAGACACCUGUGCACAAACAAGCGUCACCCAUGUUGAAUCCAACGGAGAGACUAACACCAACGUCACUAAUGUUCCCUGCACUGAUCCUUCCACCUCUAUUACGCUUUCCCUGGCUAAUCCUGCCCCCUCUCUGCCCCCCUUGGGAUCCAUGGCAACCGGCCUGCCCUGUCUGGAGGCGGAAAAGGAGGAGGAGGAGGAGGGAGGGUUAGGAGUGACGGUGGUGGACAGGGAAGGAGACCAGGAAGGGAAGAGGAGGCACGGGAGAGAGCUGGAGGAGCAGGUUGAGGAGGAGAGGGGCUCCACCGUGGCCACUGACGAGGGGAGGACAGAGGAGGAGGAGCAGGAGGAGGAAGAUGAGUUUGGGGUAUUCAUGCAGGCGGAGGGAGAGCUGGCCUGGAGCGAGGGAUCCAGCAUGUCUGCCUCAGUGCCUUGUGGGAGCAGAGGGAGUGUUGUACCUGGAAACCUCCCUAUAUCUGGGGAGUCAACACACUGGACACCUGGCUGGACGGAUGGCUCGUUCCACCAAUCAGACGACACCUGGACGGCCUUUCCUCAGGAUUCGUCGGAUGAGGGUCGAGAUGCAGCGGGACAGUGGUGGCCGACCAGUGCUGUGGAGCAGAGCAGAGAGAAACUGUUGGGCAGUCAGAAUCUGGCGUCUGUCUUCGCCAAGGCCUUCCCAUCUCUGCCUGCUUCGUCCUCAAGUGACCUCGAUACUGUUCCCACCCUGACUCAGAUCCUCCGAGGCAGAGCAGACCAGGACCAGGGACUCUUGGACAGUUUCCAUGACUUGAACAAAAUGAUUUGUCAGAGAUACAAGAGAGCAAAUGGUGUGUCCCGUGACCUGCUGCUGAAGACGUUACACCUGGAGCAGCCGCUCGCUGAGGGGAGACCUGCUCCUCGGACAGCCAAUCGCAGACUCUCCCCUGGCCUCCCCUCCGCAAAUCAGCACGCUCAGAACGCUGCUGCUAAGCGACGGCUGUCAUAUGACUACAACAGAAACAUCAUGGAGUAACAGAGCAGGCUCAGCUUUGUGAUUUAUUGAUUAAAAACUGUAGUUUUGGACCUGCAGGGGACAGAAAAGACUGACAGCAGAUUUCUGACGACUUUGGAUUCACUCCGUAUGAUGGAUCUGCUUACAAAGCGACCUUUGGCUCUUUGCACUUCUUGGUUAUUAAAGCCUGAGCUGGUGAAGAGACGUAAUCUGGACAAAAACGAAACGACUCUUUCAGUUGUGUUUCAGAAGUUGUCUCCUCCAGCUCCUGUUGAUGUAAACUGCUGGAGUGUUUCCAUUUCACACCGUGUGCCACCUUCUUCACCACAACCUCAAUUUUUUAAAUUCUCAACUCCCCCGUGAGAACAGCAGGAUGCCACCGGAGGAUUGGAGCAUGAAACCCUCAGUUACAAGGCACUCAUAUUGGAAAAAAGCCUAGAAUAUAUUUGUAUGUAACCAGACAUUAUCCUCCCUCUUUUGUCUGAAAAGAUUUGAACACGUCUUUAUUUCAGAGCUGCAGUUAUGGCAGAAAUUGUCCCAUUGUUUAAAUUGAAUACCAAUGGUUUGAGCAGAAAGAGCAAGUCAAAGUAAACAUCACAUGAUUUCUUCUUCUUUGAGACUCAGAGUUCUGGAGGGUCAGCUCUCAGUUGACUGAAUUUCUUCAUAAAUACGACAGGGUGUACAAUCACCAGACAGUGACAGCAAAGUGAAGGGUCAAGAAGGGCUGGGGUGUUUUUUGUGGUAGUGUGACUCUUAAACUGUAUGAACAGGGGACAUAAAUGAGGCCAAGUGACCGUUGACCUCUUACCUCUUAGUUUGAUCAGUUCAUUCUUCAGUCUGAGUGGACAUUUAUGCUAAGUUUGAGAAAAAUCUCUGUGUUCCUGAGAUAUUGCAUUCACUAGUUCAGGAUGAGCAUGAGGCCUUAUGGCCUGCUGCCCAAAUCCCCUACCCUCAAGCUUGAUGACAUCCUGUCAGAUGUAGUGGCAUAACUUUGGUCUACCUUAUUUUUUUAGUUUUUGUCUAUUUUUCUUGUGAGAACAGCUUCUGUAGGUGCAGACCCAAUGCACACAUUGCUAUCACAUUUUUUGAAUUAAGAAGUCCUUUACACUUCAAGAUUAUUUUUAGCCUUUUAAGCCUUUAGUGGAUAGGACUGUUAAAGAGUACCAGGAGAUAUGGGGAGAGAUUGGUCAAAGACAUGCCCAAGACCUGGGGUUGAUCCUGCAACUAGCGCGUUGUGAACUACAGCCUCAGUUUAUGGGUGCCUUCUCUACCAACAAGCAACGCCGAGAUCGAGACGCAGCACACGACAUGUGCCAUGACACGCGCAAUGUGUUGUUGCGGCACACAGCCUUUGAGCCGCAGUCUGCCUUAUCCAGGGCGGGAGUUUAUAUGAGCUGUACAAAUGGGUUUACACUUUCUGCUAUCGAUUGUUCUGCCUGUACAGCAGCUAGGCUAACUUAGCUCUGCUGUAAACUUUACUGUAUAGUUUGCAACGGUAUGUUUAUGAAACAACUUCAGUGUUGAAAUAACAGCCAGUAACGUUAUGUAAAGCAUUCAUUUAAACAGACCUUAUGAUCAAAUUCAAUCAUUAAAUGACAUCACAUUAUUGCACUAAUGUUGUAAAUAAAGAAAAAAACCCACAUUGACAUCAUCAAGUGUUGCAAGCAAACCCAUUAUUAUUGAUGUCAUCUGCCGGCACUUUAACCUGUAUUUCACAAGAAUGACGUCAAGUAACAUGGCUAACCAUGAAAUGUGCCAGGAUUAACCAUAGCAUACCGAGAAGGACAUGCACCACAUCCGUGUGUCACGCCACAAAUUCAUAGGCCAUGGCUCAAAAGCCUUGUGCCAUGGCACAUGUCAUGUGCCACAUUUCGAUCUCGACCCUACUGCUACCAACUGAGCUAAACCAGCGCCCCAUUGUUACUUUUAAAUGCCAAUUUUUGAUUUAAUAAGGGAGAAAAGCUGUUAAAAAGCGGUAAUGUCUGCUAACUUAACCCUACAAUUACAUGGUGAAUAGUGCAAUGGUUGGCAAGCAAGGAUGAGGGAGCCCAUCAUGCGAUUACACACAGAUGGAUAAAAGAGAAGCAAACGCUUCAGUUGAUCAUCUGUUCUAAGUUAACUUAGUUUACCAAUAAAGUGAGGACAUUUCUGCAAGGUUUAAAGAAAAUAGUGUUCAUGAAAUGUCACAUUCACAAGCAAGAGGUGAACACGAGGCACUGUAACCUUGAACUUAAUGAUUAAACUCCCAUUUAUCCAUGUUCUAUUUUGCCUAUUCCUUUCUGGGCUGUUAGGACCUAGAGCCUAUCCCAGUCGUUAUUGGUCAAGAGGACUGGUUUCCAGUUGAUCGCAGGGCUGACAUAUAGAGACAAACAACCAGGCAUGCUCACACUCACACCUAUGGGCAGUCACCAAUCAACCUAACCACAACCUUUGGUCUGUGGGAGGACGCCGGAGCACCCUGAGAGAACCCACGCAUGCACAGGGAGAACAUGCCAGAAAGAAAGGACCUUACUGGGAUUCAAACCAGGAACCUUCUUGCUAUGAAGCAACAACACUAACCAACUUUCCACAGCGCUGCUGUGCAGCCCACCUUCAACCUUCUAAAUCUAAUUAGUUAAUCCUUGAGUUGUGCAGUGUUUGAAAGAAAUCACUCAAAAUAUCCUUGAUAUACUGUGUUUACAUUCUAGGCCUUAUGACCUGGAGGCCCAGUGACCUUUGACCUCCAGAAUCAUAUCAGAUCAUCCUUUAGUUUGAGUGAAUGUUUGUGCAAAAUGUAAGGAAAAUCCCUGAAAGCGUUCUUGAGAUAUCACAUUCACAAGAAUGGCCUGGAUGGAUGUUUGCAAGGACAACAGACAAGUAUAUUCUACCUGGCUUUGUCUGUCAGAGGAAUAAAAACACACAAAACCAGUUCACAAUUUAAGAAGCAUCCAGGGUAAAUGCAUUAAAGCAUUGAAGGGGUGCAGAUGGUCUGUCGGUGAGGUUGUGCCCCAUGUUUGCAGGCAGCCAGGGUUCAAGUUCCGCCACCCAACUCUCUCAUCAGUGUUUCUGAUUUUAUCCACUGUCCUAUCUCUGCCAUGAAGGCAAAAAAGCCCCAAAAUAAAUCUUAAAAAAGCAUCAAAACUAUAAAACAAACAUCAUAGAUUAAAUGAAGGUAUGACAGUGCUUUCAACGACACCCACUCAAAAGUUUAAAAUAUCUGAUCUGUUUAGAUGUGGGUAGUUUGAACAUGCAAAGUCUGCAUCCUGUUUUUACAAGUAAACAUGGAUCAUUUUCUCCCAUCACUACUCCUGCUGUCUGCUGAGAGAGCUUUCUUUCUGCACAAGGUGAUGAAGGUUUUUUUUGUUGUUUUAUUCAAACAAUGAGACUUUUCUUCCACUAAAGCAGCUCUGAUGAAAAGACUUGAAGAAGGGAUUGUUUGCUGGUGUCACAUGGAAACAAACGAGAGACAAACAAGAGAAAAGGAUUUCUGUUACUAUUAGGAGUCAUUGAAAUCCCCCAGAUGUUUGAGGUGGCAGGCACCAACUGAAAAGAUGAUUCUUUAUCACUGAGCUGCUGUUGAUGAAGCUCAUUUAGGCUUUAAAGAUAAAAUAGUUUACAUUCACAAUGUUAGCUUUGAAUUAAGCACUAUGAAAAUUCAAUGUAAGUAAUUUUAUAUUAUUUAGUGCCAAGACUGAUACACUGGAACUUUAAGAAAAAACUAAAUUUAGCUGGAAUUGAAGUUAUGGAUGUCAGUAACACUUUAGACUGCUUUCUAAAGCUGAUGUCAGUAUUUUUGGGGAAAAUCAUGAUCAGAUAAUUCUCCUUUACUGAUCUCAAUUCCAGCUGGAUCCCUGCAAACAUAUUUGAAUGAUAGCACCGACUGAAAUUCCUGCAAUUACACUGGAGAAUAAGUAGUAAGAUUUACUUCACUCACUGAUUUCUGGGUAUUUGACAAACAUUACCUUUUCUUUUCCAUUUUGCAAAGUGUUGCAUGUGCAUUUAUGGUUUAUUUUCUACAAAAAAAGCCAAUGACAGGAUCAACUCUUUUGGUUCCUCAGAGAAACACAUUUGUCUUCCAGUUAGUGCCAACAGGAACCUGUGUGACAGUGCCAAAGUUUACAAGGUUACAGACGAGAAGCAGGAAGGAAACACAACCUCGUGUUCCUCCAACACGCUGAAGUGGACUCAAACAAAACACUGGCAUGUGAAGUUUAUUUUUAAUUCUCUUUCUUUGUCUGGCUGUCUGUCUGCCUUUCUCGAGUCGAGAGGGCGAAACUUGAAUCGAGCUGCCAAUCAAAGCGAUAUUUUUAUGAGAAUAUGGUUUCCAUGUCAAUGAUGCACUGUACAUUUUUAAUUUAGACAUACUAUAGCAUUAUCACCUUGUUCAUUUACCUUUAGGUUGUAUAUUUCACCUGUCGAUUCAAUCAUUUGUGAUGAUAUUCAAAAAAAAAAUCAUGUGUUUGUGUGUCUGCCAUUUGUGCAAACUGCAGAUCCCUGAAAAAGAAGAAGAUGAAUAUUUUCUGAUGUGGAGAUGGAGGAGUUACCGCCUUGUUAACUGAUGUAAUAAAAUGAUGCAGUGUGACAGACAAAA